UCAAGGCCUGCCUGUACCACUUAUGGGCUUUUGGCUUUCAGUGACUAAUUGAUUCCCCCCAUAGCAGGAUAGUCAGUCCUACGUAUGGCGGCGCGGUCUACUUGGGGAUUGAACGCAUGCAUGACGGGCAUGUUGUUAAGUCGUACGAGUUGACGACUGUACUACGAGACCGGCUCGUCAAAGGUCAUGGAAUGUCAAAGAAACACUGAAAUCUUUUCUUCCGAAUCCACGUGUACAACAUUUAAUAUUUCAAUUACUGUUACCCACCGUGGAAAGAUCAACACACGUGUUUUUUUUUUAUUGAUAAGUAAUGGCAUCAAAUACAAUUAAACGAUAGAAUAACAUUUAACAUUUAUUGCUAAGCUAUACUAAAUGUCGUGUGGAGCACCCGAAAGAGGGUACGUCCCUCGAUUCACUGGACAACACACUUUUCCCCCCUCAUUGACGAGCCAUCAUCCGUGGCGCUGGGCGUCAGUGGUCAGUGUAUCAUAAUUUCACAAUUAUCAAUCGUUUUUUGACCACCAACUUAGCGUUUUAACCCGCUGCACUUAACAAAAAAAAAUCAAUCAAAACGGCAAGGGUCUCGGCGCAUCGACAUGUUCACAUAAGCAAAUCGCACCAACACUAACAACCGUGGCUUUGCGCAACCGAAACUGUGUUUGUGGUCGGACUUUUACAGGACCGUGCGCGCAUGUGUCAUAGUGUGCGUGUGCGGCUCAAAUAUGACAGCUUCGGCGACACCGGUUCGUAGGAGCUCGCGCAGCAGCCAGCCAUCAGAUAAAGGCAAGAUCCCGAAGCGAUAGCAUCGGAAAAGGCAAGACUCUACCUCAUAAAACAACGUUGGAGAAAAGUCAUAGCAAGAUGGAACACGCUCAAGUGAACAAGCUACAAAGCAUCAUUGAAAAGAAACGUGCAGUGGUACCUUGCAACACGCCUCAAGUAAUAUCGCCUAAAAAGAAGGAAACUAUUUUUCUGUCAAUGCACGAAGCAAACCCCUUGGAGACAUCGAUAGACGAAGAGUUUAAGAUGACUGUACUCGGACGUGACGCGUCUCCAGCAGUUGAUGAACACGUACAGACUGUGUCUACAGGACCAAGGGUUAAGGCACAGCAGUGCGCUUUUUCAUCAAGACACUCUUCCGAAAUGGGUGGUUAUAUAGCAGAACCAAACAGCAAUGUAAUUUGUACAGGCCUUACAACUGAAGCAAAAUUGUUCGAUAAUGAUUUCCCGAAUAAUAUCAUUAUUACUGAUUCAAUCGUAAACGACGCAAACUGCUUGGGUUUACAUAACAAUAUUCAUACUACUUCAAAAAUACCAGCAGAGAGCACUUCUGUGUCGAGCAAUAUUGAUACAGCUCCAAAGGUAGCAACAACAACCCACCCAAGCACAGAUGCAACAAACGAUUCUUAUGUCAGUAUUGGUUCAUUUAAUGUAAAGAACUCAGACUGCACUAGGGUAGAGUCGAAUAGUGAUUCGAACAUUCAAGCUACACCAUGUUAUCCAACUGAUAUUGCAGUGGUGCGCCAGCAACCGACCAAUGUAUUAAACAAUUGUUCAGCAUAUGCUAGCGAUACCGAAGACAAUUUUUUCUCCAACCUAUCAACACAAGCACAAGAUCAUGUACAAAAUGAAUUUGGUUCUGGAGACGACAGGGCGUUCAGCACUAUCUCUAAUGAUAUUGUAUUUUCUUCCCAGAGCAACGACGACAGUUACUAUCCAAAAUCAAUAGAACAUGAUUCUUCGGAUUCCAUAAGCACUGGUGCUGAGAAAAGUGAUAGCAAUGUAGGGCAGCACACAAUAGGCACGGAGGGCUUUCGAAUAAAUAUAAAUUUGGAUUUAAUUGCUACAGAAACUUGUUUGCGGUGGAUCAAUUCUGACAAGGAAAAUACUCGACAAAAGCUAAAUCUCAUGCAAUGUGGUACCGAAAUUCUGAGCAAACGGUUCAAUUUGCACCACAGUGAAUGUUCAAAGCUGUCUCUUUUAUCAUCAAUAAAAAAAAUUGGUAACAUAAAUCAGGACAGUCAGGAUAGAUCAUCAGAUCAAAUUAGAAUGAACCCCCUUUCUGAUGGAGCCAGUAGUCCAAACAUGAGUAGAACUUCGACAACACCAAUCGAUCAAGAUCAAUAUAUUCAAUCUUGCACACAAAAAUUAGAGAAAAACAAACUAAAUAUAGAUAUCAUUUCUACCAUAACAUGUUUGAGGUGGAAAACCAUUAACGCAAAUUCUACUCCGCUACAACAAACUCAAGCAAGAUUGGCCAGAAGAGUAUUAAAAAAACGUUUCAGGUUGACCGACAGUCAGGCAUUUAAAUUAACGAUAGCUAACUUUAAACAGCUGGUUGAUAACAAAGCUUCAGCUUCUGAUAGGAAUGACAAAUUAUCCUUAGGCAAAGCAUUGCUACCGCAAAUGACGAAACAAAAAUCGAUCACAGAUGGACUCAGUGUAGAAAUAGGCCAGUCCGCUGGGAAAAGAAAAACAAACUCAGUAAAAACCAGAAUAUUAAAGCGACGUAAAUCAGUUUCUUUUGUAGACUACACUUUCGCUAGUUCUGAUGAAAACGAUGAGGUUCUUAAGGAAGUGGAUAAUAAAAGUAGAUCAGCGCGAAAACGUAUAUCUGAACUGCAACAGGAUCCUGAUUGGCGCCCAUCUCAUCGGCAUAAAAUCCUGAUUGGCGCGGCAAAGGAUUCUGAUAGCUCAGAUGAAACUAGAUCAGAUGAUUUAAGUUUUGAGCAUGACCAACAUGUGCCAAACUAUCAAGGAAGAACAACGGUAGAGUCAUCACCUUCUAGCUUUGAUAAUGACGAUCUUGAGGUAGCAAAUAGUAAUAAUGGUGAUUCAACGACCUUUCCAAUUCGUUUGUUUGAAGAUGACGCAUUACUCAGCCAAAAUAUGGACCUGGAUGCGAAAACAAACCCAAGUAAACCUACUGUUGCAUCUGCUAUGUUCACCAAACAAGAAAAUUUUACACGCGAUCAGGUAGAUGAUGAGGAAACAAUUAAUCAAACAGAGAAAAGUACACUAGCGACAAAAAAAGUCCGUAAACCAAAGUAUGACUGUCCCGAGGCUGACUUUGAUACACCUUCUUCUUCUUCCAUCGAAACUGAUAUGUCGAUAUGUCAGGACGUUAAUGCAAAUGCCAACUGUUCAAAUCAAUUUCCUAAACAAGAGGAUACAGAGAGCCAACAACCAGUUUGUUCAACACUAUCUGCUUCACCUGCAUUAUCAAAUACGAAUCAGAAUUAUACAAAACCACAACUGGAUUCAUUGUAUGUAGCUUCAUUCGACGAUACCCUUGACGUUAAUGCUACUCAAAAUGCUACUAACAACAUAGAAUCUCAACAUACUUUAGAUGUGGACAAUAGUACACAUGCCCCGGUAUUAUGUGAAGAUGCUUUAGGUACUACAUCUUGUGAGAGAAAAGAUUCCGGUAACUUUAACGAUCAUUAUCAAGCACAAAACCAUGAUCCAAACCAGACAAUUAGAAGAACUUUUUGCACUGUUGCUGUUGAUCAUCCAUACGCACACAUUGAUACUUUAUCGAAAAUGGAUACGCAGCAAUCCCAACUGCCUGCUUUGAAAGCUGUGUCUAGCACAGCAAACAAAAAUGAAUGUGUUAAAAAAGGAGCAGCAGAAACUACAACCGGAAACAUCAGUGUCGUACUGUCGGAAUCAAAAAAUAAGAAGCCCAAUAAUUCUCAUUUUGUAAAUAAACAUAUGAUCUACACAGAUUCUGUAAGCAAACCGACGAUAGAGUCAGAGCUAUUGACAACUGCGAAUCUUACAACAACUGAUAACUCCAUCACUUCCGCUCAAGACAACGAAUUAGGAGUUGCGCAAGCGAAGAAAAGAUAUCGUAUAAAGCACACGGAACGAAAGCAAAACCUAGAAACUAGCAAACUUAUUCCGACAAGCUCACCAACGAUGCCGCCUAAAAUUAACAUUAAACCCCAAAACAAAAAUAUGCCCAGUAUACCCAACCGCCCAGUUUCAUCUAUAAAUUUCUUAUUUUGUGAAAACGUGACUUCUAAUGAAAGAAUGAACAUGCCGUAUAAAAGAAUGCCUCGUUUGAAGUACACGGCGUGUAAAAUCACAGGCGCAAAGGAUCCGACUUCAUCUGCAACCAACGACACGCUAGCUUCUGGUGACAGUUUGUCAGAUUUUGUUAUUCAUGAAAAACUUACUAAAAACAAUCCUGCCAUUAAUAGUGUCAUUACCACACAAAACGCUGACGUAAGCAUGGAAGGAAACGUGAAAACGAAAACACCAACAACACAACCGAUAGAUAACGUUUCAUUCGUGGUACAGGGAAUCGAGGCAUCUAUUAAAACAAAUCUACCCCCCUCUAAAGAAAAUAUGUCUAAAAGUAGCGUACAAGUUGAUUCGCGAUGUACAGUAGCUGCUCCAAAAACUGCAGGAACAUCUAGGUCUAUUGAUUCCUGCCAGUUAUUAAGAUUGCAACCGAUAACGUGCGAAUCAAAUAAUGAACCGAACAAUUCGACGACCAAUAGUUUGACUCAAAUGUCAUCUCCUCCAGAGGAAAACUUAAAUGUAAAUAACUUGCACAGCCCGUCACUAGCUGAAGCAAACGUAAAAGAAAUACCAUGUAACAACAUGCAACCAACAGUUUCAGAAAACAGACAACGUCACAUAUCCGUAUUGGUCACCGAUAAGUCCGAAAAUUGCCAUGCAGGUUCAAACCUUCUCUCAGACAAAAUUGCUAAUAAUAACCCACAAGAUGCUAAUCUAGACAAACAAAGAAACGAGUCUGAAAACAAUUCAAAUCCACAGCAACCCCAGGAAGAAAAUAUUAAGUCACAUGCAAAUGCCAGAGAAAAUUAUGCAAAAGUAUGCACAAAAAGCCCGAAAUGCAUAUCUGUGUCUGGGAAAGACAUACAUGUAGAUUCAAUAGUAUGCACAGAAAAAAUAACCUGUAAUAGCACACAAAGCUCAAAACAUUCUCUUUCAAGCUUGCGUAGCACCGAUCAAGAGAAAAAUCCGGAUCCUCGAUCUAUGAAAAGGAAGGCAAAUUCAGAACAAAAUAUUAUUGGUAAUAGUUCAAAAGUACCAACAGCGCUUGAUAAAAAUUUACUUACAAUUGUAGCCUGUCCUGAAACUAUUUUACAUAGCUCACACGUAGGUCCUAAAUUACCCGUAACAUCUACUACGAAAUGUACUAGUAGCUGUAAACAAACUUGUCUCGCCUCACCGACGCUACCAUCAAUAUCAUCAGAAAGCAACCAAAAAAUUCUUUCCUCUGAUGACAUUUCAAUACAAAACCCUUCUCUUUCAAAAGAGAACGUAUUUAUUAACAGCGUGCAAACCCUGCAUGAAACAAACCCAAUAGUCGAAGAAAUGUCAAAGAACACUAAUGGGCAGAACAUAUCAGCUCAUGAAGAUUCUACAACUUCCUCUAGAAACUUUACAAUUAAUAGCUUCCAGUGCUCAGAAAAUACACUUCCGUAUAAGAAACGAAGGCUCAGCUUAAUGCUACCUCUCACCCCUACUUCCUCGAAUACAUCGAUAGAGCAAGUUACAAGAUUUACGACAAAUUUAGCAUCUCCGAACAAUAUUUCAAGCAAAAGUUCAAGUCAAUCAGGUCCAAUCCAAACUACGGAAUCUGCAUUGAAUAUCGGUGGUGCAGUAAGAAAUAAUAUUAUAACUUCUUUUAGAAACACACAAACACAUCCUGAUACAAUACAUCCUGAUGAUGCAUUGCCAUUGAGCCACGCCAAAUUCAGCCCACUAACACGUCGACAAUCUCUUGAUAUUUACAGUCACAGUCAGUUUAUCCCAGAAAUACAAUCAAGACAACGGCAAUGUUCACACUUUCUUCCCCAAGUACUGUCUAAUAUAUCCAAUAACAACAACCAUUAUGAAACUACAGCUGCAAGUUCUUCUUUUGAUAGGGCGUUGAAAUUACAUCAAAACCCAACGAUUUGCUUAGAUCUACUUACUGUUCAAAACACAUCUGAUCAACUACAGCUUGAUAUUAAUGAAUUUCAAAAUGCGCAAAGAGCAACAUCAACUCCACUCACUAAUUUAUCACGGACAACUUAUUCUACUCAAUCUUCAGAUCACUCUAACACAGAUCAUUCUACAAGUUCUCGUCAACCACAACACUCAAACACGAAUACGAGUUCAAAGGCGAAUGUGGAAAGAAUCAAACCCAAACGAAGGCGUGACAGAAAGCGUAAUCAAAGGAAUAUUGACACAUACGGUUCAAACACACAUCAAACAACAGAACGAUCUAAAAAACGAUCUGAUUAUGAAAAUUUCCGUGUACGAGAUGAUCGAAUGAGAGAAACUCCAAAUAGUAUUCUUACACGUCGAAAAUCUGUAGCCACUUACACUCCAACUCAAUUUGCGCAGCAAUCAACGAUACGACAGAGAAGAAAUUCAGUCUACAAUUCCAAUGUACUGUCCAAUAUAUCCAACAACAAAAACCAUUAUAAAACUACAACUGCAAGUUCCUCUUCUGAUAGGGCUCCAAAAUCACAUCAAAACCCAAAACUUUGUUUAGAACCGCUUACUGUUCAAAACACACCAGAUCAACAACAGCGCGCGAAAGAUUCGCAAAGAGCAACAUCAACUCCACGCACCAACUCAUCAAGAACAUCUUAUUCUACUCAUUCUUCAGAUCAAUCUAUCACAGAUAGCUCUCAUGAUUCUUGUCAACCACAACGCUCAAACACACCUUCUGUGAAUCUGGAAAGAAGCAGGGCCAGACAUAGACAUGACAGAGAGCGUAAUCAAAGGAAUACUGACACAUACGAUCAAAACAGAACAGAACGAUCUAAAAAACGAUCUGAUUUUGACCAUUUCCGUGUAAGAGAUGAUCGAAUCAAAGAAACCCCUAAUAGUAUUCUAACACGUCGAAAAUCUGUAGCCACGUAUUACCCAAAACAAUUUGAACUGUACAAUAUAUCCAUCAACAACUACCAUUAUGAAACUACAGCUACAAGUUCCACCUCUGAUAGGGCUCCAAAAUCACAUCAAAACCCAAAACUUUGUUUAGAACCGCUCACUGUUCAAAACACACCAAAUCAACAACAGCGCGCGAAAGAUUCGCAAAGAGCAACAUCAACUCCACGCACCAACUCAUCAAGAACAUCUUAUUCUACUCAUUCUUCAGAUCAAUCUAUCACAGAAAGCUCUCAUGAUUCUUAUCAACCACAACGCUCAAACACAUCUUCUGUGAAUUUGGAAAGCAGCAGGGCCAGACAUAGACAUGACAGAGAGCAUAAUCAAAGGAAUACUGACACAUAUAGUCAAAACAGAACAGAACGAUCACAAAAACGAUCUAAUGAUGACAACUUCCGUGUACGAGAUGAUCGAAUCAAAGAAACUCCUAAUAGUAUUCUAACACGUCGAAAAUCUAUAGCCACGUACACCCCAACACAAUUGGCACUGUACAAUAUAUCGAUCAACAACCACCGUUAUAGAACAACAGCUACAAGUUCCACUUCUGAUAGGGUGCCGAAAUCACAUUUUCCUAAUUCUCGUCAACGACGACGCUCAAACACAUCUUCUGUGAAUAUGAGAAGAAGUAGGAAAAUGCGUGGUAAACGUGGUGGCAGAAAAGCAAACCGAAAGAGAUAAAAUUCAGUCUGCGAUUGCAAUGCAAUUAUAUUUAUCACACUACGUGUGUAAUAGGCAUUCGACAUCAAGCGUCACAACAGCUUCGGCUAAGUUUCCAAAUUUGUGUCCAGACGCAGCCUUUCCCUCAGCUGCUCAACCAGCUCCCUAACAAUGACCCUAACAUGACUCUAGAUGCACAAUAUUUCUCAUGGUAGCUCAACGUAAGACAAACAUUUAACUGGUACAGAGCUCGCUUUCUUCAACCAUUCUCCUUAUACCUCAAUUCCAACCUGGCUUUACCUUAACUAAGGAUUGGCUAUCCGGCUGCGUUUCACUGAAUAAAGUCUUUAAAGCCUGUAUAGACCGGCAGGUCCGCGUAUGACGUUUACGCCAAAUAGAA